CCCGCCAAUUGAAGCCUUGGCUAUAAAUUGAGCUCCCUGCACCGCCGAAGACCAGAUGCCUCGCCAGGCCGCCUCGCGGUUGGUGGUCGGAGAGGGUGAGGGGUCCCGGGGGUCUUCGGGGCCCGCGGCCACCAUGCUCCGCUCCCUGUUGCUUCACUCCCUGAGGCUCUGCGCCCAGACCGCCUCGUGCCUCGUGCUCUUCCCGCGCUUCCUCGGCACGGCCUUCAUGCUCUGGCUCUUGGACUUCCUGUGCAUCCGCAAGCAUUUCCUGCGCCGUCGCCACCGGGGACAGCCGGAACCCGAAGUGGAGCUCAACAGUGAAGGCGAGGAGGUCCCCCCCGACGACCCACCCAUCUGCGUCUCGGACGACAACCGCCUGUGCACCCUGGCGUCGCUCAAGGCCGUGUGGCAUGGCCAGAAGUUGGAUUUCUUCAAGCAGGCACACGAGGGCGGGCCGGCGCCCAACUCCGAGGUGGUCCUGCCUGAUGGCUUCCAGAGCCAGCGCAUCCUGGACUAUGCGCAAGGGAGCCGCCCGCUGGUGCUCAACUUUGGCAGCUGCACCUGACCUCCGUUCAUGGCGCGCAUGAGCGCCUUCCAGCGCCUGGUCACCAAGUACCAGCGCGAUGUCGACUUCCUCAUCAUCUACAUCGAGGAAGCGCACCCCUCCGACGGCUGGGUCACCACAGACUCACCCUACAUCAUCCCACAGCAUCGGAGCCUGGAGGACCGGGUCAGCGCGGCGAGGGUGCUGCAGCAAGGCGCACCUGACUGUGCUCUGGUCCUGGACACCAUGGCCAACUCCAGCAGUUCGGCAUAUGGCGCCUACUUUGAGCGUCUUUACGUCAUCCAGAGCGGCACCAUCAUGUACCAAGGCGGUCGUGGCCCCGACGGCUACCAGGUCUCUGAGCUGCGUACCUGGCUGGAACGCUAUGAUGAGGAGCUGCAUGGUGCCAGGCCCCGUAGGCUGUAAACAACCAUGGGACAACUGACUGAACUUGGUGGGCUUUGGGCCUUCAAAGCCCACCUGCCAGUGUGCCGAUGAAAGUCAAGUUUGGAAAGGGCCCAGUGACACAAACGCGCGAAGCCACAGAGCUCAGGCUCAGUCUGGCCCUCUCAGCCACCUACAGACUUGCUUCCCCGGGACUCCGCUUUAGUGACUGUUUGUCACCUGUACCUUCUUGGCUUGCUUGAAAUCCUCUAAGGGGUAUUGGUGCGGUCGCACUGGCACCUUUGCCCGUGUGUCCCCAGGACUGGCCCCUGCUGGACUUUCUCAGACCUGCGCCCCGCGUUCCUUCGUUCUAACGCGGUAGUACCCAGUCUCGCUGCGCAGACACGUUGGCCACGCCCGCGCGCCCCGAGCGCAGCUGGGUUCCAGCAGCAGCCGCAGG